UCCUCUCCCACCGACCGGCGAUAACACUCAGAUGUCCUUGCUUGACGCCCCUAUUAAUACGGAGCAUCCGGAGAGCGGUCCUCAGUGUCCCGAAGGCAAAAUGGCUGGACUCCAUCGCCUCCUCGCCCUCCUUGCUCUCGCCCUCGGCACUGUAGCUGUCAGCGUGGCCGAGGAGAAGGCCAAGGAUGCUGACCUACGUAGCCUCCCCUGCCCUGACCCCCAGGACAUCUCCCCCUGCGUGUGCACCGUGGACGUGCAGCACAACAUGGACAUCGACUGCUCGCAGGUGGAGAGCGAAGACCAGCUGGCUCAGGUCUUCUCCUCCAACAUCCCGUUCCCGAAAUUCAAUAAAUUGCUUAUCGAGGGAAACCCGCAUUUAACGGUUCUGCGAAAUGGAGACCUUGGCCCGGCUUCCUUUCAGAUUAUUGAAAUGACCAGUGGCGUCCUUGAGGAAGUGCAAGAUGGCGCCCUAUCAAUGAGUUACUCGACAGCAACAUAUAUUAACUUACAAGGAAACAGACUGUCGAAAUUUCCAUUCCACGAAAUUCCUUCCUUCACAGCACUCAGCAUGCUAUGGCUGAACUGGAAUUCACUUCCCGAGUUUCCUCAGAUCAGAUCUAAUUCUCUGACAAAUAUUGGGCUGAAUACCAACUUCUUUGGUGAGAUUCCCGUAAAUGGGUUCCAGGGAGUGAAGAAUGUCAACAGCAUAGGUGUUGCUAAUAAUGAUAUAACCACAAUUGUUCCAGGAACCUUUACGGAUCUUCCCCACCUUCUCAUUUUGUCUCUCUCCUUCAACCGCCUGAGUGAAAUUCCUGCCGGAGCAAUAGAGUUCAAUGGAAACGGGCUUCUUUUUAACAACAACAUUAGUAAAAUUGCGGUUGGUGCCAUUACAGGUCUUGGCGACGGCGAGGUUCAUCUUAACGAGAAUUCGCUGACGGUUCUUGAAGAGGACGUUUUCGGGGCUUUCCUGUCAGCAGGAGCCACGCUCGAAAUUGACGAUAACCCUCUCGGAUGCGGCUGCGAGAUCGCGUGGCUCGUCACCAACUCCGCCUACAUGAGCCUCAUCUCCCCUGGCGCCUCUUGCUACGACGGAGAGUUGCUGGCGAACCUUGACCCAACCAUCUACGAGGACUUCUGCUGAUGGCUCGGCCUGGCGUCGCCGCCCACUGUAAUGCGAAUGUUGUCGUCUGAGAACAUAGAAUAAAUGUUUUAGCCUGCGUUUGUACACGUCAUUGCCCUGUAAUAUAUACACUUGAUCACUAA